UUGUCGAAACUCUUAACUGCUGGAGGAGGCCACGUCAGGACCGCGCCGUGGUGGAGCUCUCCCAAUGGGGUGCCUGGGGGAACUUCCCCUGAUUGGCUCGCAGGAGCUGAUUACGUGCACCAUCCGGUCCAGCCCUCAGCAAUUAAAUUGGCCAGCCGUGCUCCACGCUCCCUCUCUCUCCCGCCCGCGCUGGAGGGAGCUGAUGGCGCGCCCUCUGAAGCUUUCCCUGGUCUCUGUGCGCCAGGCCUUGGUCCUGCUGCUGUUCUUCAUCGGGCUCCCCGGCUGCUCAGCGGAACCAUGCACUGACCCUAUGAUCACUCCUUCCUACUAUACCACCUCUGAUGCAGUCAUUUCCACCGAGACUGUUUUCAUCGUUGAGAUCUCUCUGAUGUGCAAGAAUGGAGCACAGAAUGUAGCCCUCUAUGCUGAUGUUAACGGAAAGCAGUUCCCAGUGACCCGGGGCCAGGACGUUGGCCGUUAUCAGGUAUCCUGGAGCUUGGAACAUAGGAGUGCUCAUUCUGGAACAUAUGAAGUCAAGUUCUUUGAUGAAGAAUCUUACAGUCUUUUGAGAAAGGCCCAGAGAAGCAAUGAGGAUAUUUCGGCCAUUAAACCUUUGUUCACAGUUAGCGUGGAUCACCGGGGUGCUUGGAAUGGGCCUUGGGUCUCUACCGAGGUGCUGGCUGCAAUGAUCGGCAUGGUGGUCUAUUACAUGGCCUUUAGUGCCAAAAGCAACAUUCAAGCCUGAGCCAUAUGAAUUGAGUUUCUCUGAAUACAAGUUUUUCUUCAUGAAAAAAUAAAAGGGCUAAACCUCACCAGUCCCUUCGACAGAACCUCAAGGUGUGGACUCGAGGCCUGUGAUCAUUCUGCUUGCCCUCUGGAUAUUCUCCACCUUUCCAGUGGCCAUUUUAUCCUGUGAUGCUGCCUAGAACUGAGCAAAGUGCUUCAGAUUUCAUCUUGACAAAAGACAGGGGAGACUGAUACACCCAGAUCUGGAUUCAUGCAAAGGCCUGUCAAACCAGGCUUCCCCUGUCCUGGACAUUUACACCCUUCUCCAAGUCAUUGUAUUAAUGACUGGAGAUGAGUGAAGGUUUAUGGAUACUUCAUUGGGAGCUGUUAGUUCAUAACAUUGAACUAACCUCUCAUGAACCUGUGCAUUCAACCUGUUCCAAGUCUCUGCCAUGAGAAUACUGAGAUGCCUGAUCAUAUAUUGUUAAAGUCCUAAGUAAAUUAGCACUCCUUGAUGAGAACCCUCAAUUAAAUUCUUGUCACCAAUUUGCAUAGUUAGGUAAAACAUUGUCAUUGUUUGUCCUGAUCCCAGAUUAAAUCUUAUUUUGUAUCUUGUGUCAA